GGAACUGGGCAGAUUGUAAAGGCGGAGAGGGGAGUGCGUUAUAAACAGCUAGGAUGAGCUCAGGCUGGGUCGUGUUGUUGGGUUAAAACGAUUUCUGAUGCAUUUAAAAUAAAAAGAGAACGUAAGUUUAGAGUCAGCAGUACAACAUUUCCUGAUGCCAUUAAUUUGGAGUGUUUAGGGCGAGCUGUCUGCAUUGUUUACCACUCGUUCAAUUAAUCUGCUGUCAAAGAGUAUUUAGGACACCGAGUUAGUAACGAUGUCCAAGAUGAGCUGCAGUGAGAGGAGGUUCCUCAGUGGUGUUGUGGAAGGGUUUUAUGGACGUCCGUGGACUAUGGAGCAAAGGAAGGAGCUAUUUAGAAGGGAGCAGAAAUGGGGGUUGAACACAUACCUUUAUGCCCCAAAGGAUGACUACAAACACAGAAUGUACUGGAGAGAGCUAUAUACCUCAGAGGAGGCAGAGCAACUGAUCACACUCAUUUCUGCUGCGAAAGAACAUGACAUCGAGUUCGUCUAUGCCAUCUCACCCGGCCUGGAUAUUACAUUCUCAAACCCUAAAGAGGUUGCUGCUCUAAAGAAAAAGCUAAGUCAGGUGUGCGAGCUCGGCUGCAGAUCCUUUGCCCUGCUUUUUGAUGACAUUGAGCCAGAAAUGUGUGCUGCUGAUAAGGAGGCCUUUAGCUCCUUUGCUCAUGCACAGGUGUCUGUCACCAACCAGGUGUAUGAGCACCUGCAGGAGCCCCAGACCUUUCUCUUCUGCCCAACAGAUUACUGUGCAGCAUUCUGUACCCCUAAUGUCAGCCAGUCUUCAUACUUACUCACUGUCGGAGAGAAACUCCUCCCGGCGAUUGAUAUUCUCUGGACUGGGCCAAAAGUGGUGUCCAAUGACAUUUCUGUGGAGUCUAUAGAGGAGGUGUCUGGUGUUCUAAGAAGGCCGCCAGUGAUUUGGGACAACAUCCAUGCGAAUGACUAUGACCCUCAGCGGCUGUUCAUGGGACCCUUCAAGAACCGGCCCACAGAACUCAUUCCUAAACUCAGAGGAGUACUCACUAACCCCAACUGUGAAUUUGAGCCCAACUUCGUGGCCAUUCAUACACUAGCCACUUGGUGCAAAUCCAACACGGGACAGAAGGAUGUUGCUAUGGAUGGUGAAGAUCAGGGAUCUGACUAUAAUCCCAAGGAGGCUUUGCGGCUCGCACUGACUGACUGGCUGGUUGAGUUUGGAGUGGCUGAUCAACCUGAUGUGUCCCGCUCAGGCAGUGGUCGUGCAAAGAAAGAGUCAGAUGAAGAGCCCAUGCAGACAGAUGAAUACGUGCCAGGGCCCAGAGAGAACCCACUGUACACUGCCGAGCCACUUACCUUGGACGACCUAAUGCUGCUCUCCGAUCUCUUCUACCUGCCCUAUGAAUACGGCCCCACUGCUCUCAACAUGCUCCAAGAGCUGCAGUGGCUAAGAAGCAACAGUGACGCUGCAGCCUUUGGCCCUGUGGGAGCCGAGAACACCAAGGCCAAAGAAUGGCGAGAGAGAGCUGAGCACUUCGAAGACUUGUGUUCUGCAGUUGUCCAGAUGUUUAACAGGCUGUCGAAUGCACCCAACAGAACUAUUCUGUACGAUCUGUACAACUACAUCUGUGACAUAAAGAGUGGUGUGUCCUUAGCCAGAGCGUUCGUCGGCAGUUUGGGUGGUCGUCAAGCUCCUCCAUCUCAAAUUAUAAAUGAUGACCCGGAACCAUGGGGCUUCAGAGGGGGACUUUCUGGAGAGUUCCAGAGGAUGCUUCCAUGCCACGGGAACCGAGAUCUGUUUCGUACCCCUCCUGCCACUAGAGUCUACACUAUUCGACCAUGUACCCCCAAAGAUAAGGCUGAGGUUUUGAAAUUAUCCAAGGAGAUGCAGAGUGAGCCACUACAGCAGCUUGCAUUACUUGGUGACAGGCUGGUGGAAAGUCAGAUUGCUCCAUCUAAACACUGUGACCUGGUGCUGGAGGACGAGGUCGGUGUCUGUGGUUACGCUUUAGCCUUUACUGAUGCAAAGACAGCCUUGGACACAUCCCGGUAUCCAGAAACGAUGCUGAGAGAUUUCCCCUCUCUUAUGGUUAUUCAAAUCCACCCAAGAGUUCCAGAUCCGAACACGGCCAAGCGCCUGAUUGGCAACAUGUUCUCUUUACUACAAGAGGCUGGCUCGUCUGGUGUUUUCUGCGAGUUCAGAUCUAGCGACCGAAGAAUGAUGGACUUUCUCAGGACCCUGGGCCUGCUCCAAGUGCUUACAGUGGAAGGACUACAAGCCGGCCUGGUCGUCAUGGGAACAAAGCUGUGAAUAAGGAUCUGUGUUUCACAGAUAUUAAAGAUGUUGAUUUAAGGCCAUACAGUGCAUUUAUCGUUGAACAAUAAGAAAUAAUAGAAAAAUAAAAGUUUUACUUUGACAAGGAUGCUGCAGAUGUGUUUAAAAAAACUUCAUAAAGGGUUAAACAGUGUUGUUGUUUUUUUUUUAGGUGAUAAAACCUCUGAUUGGCUUUGGGGGAAAGUUAAAUUGUUGAAUGUCUGUGUGCUGCACACACAACGAAAGUCUCAUGAGGAAAAGUUCUGUUGUACUGAGUGAUGGCUUAAUCGUUUCGAAUGACAUUUUCUGGGUUAAUUUAUUAUUUUUAUUUGCGGUGGGAUUUAAGGAUAUGGAUGCACCAUGCAACAAUGAAAAUAUGCUUAUUCAAA